CGUUUUUCGUUGGUGGGUUUUCGCGGAACAAUAAAGAUUGCAGGAUUGCAGGAUUUGUGUUGAUUCUAAACAAAACACAAACACAACGACAACCCUGUGCAAGAGUGAAAUUGGAAUAAGUUGUUAAUAAAGAAAAAUAAAUAGCAUUUAGUAGAAAAAGCUUGCAUAAAACCAUAAAAAUAUGGAAUACAGAUUGCAUGAAUAAUUAAAGAUAUUGCUGAAACAAGUUAAAGAUAUUGUACCUUUGACAUUCAUUGAUGUGUAUCGUUGUGUCGUUGUCGCCGUAAAGAAAAUUCGUUCUCAUCGUUUUGGUCAAUGCAAUAAAUUAACCCAAAUAGAAAAUAAAAGUUUUAAACAAAGAAGUGCCAACGCGUUUACAAUAAUAAUAUAAAAAAGAAACAAGUAAUCAUUGCGGAGGCAAACGACAAGAAAAAUACAUAUGAAUAGCAGAUACCUUUAAUAAAUAAGAAAUAAAGAAAACAAAAUACCACACUGCUGUGAUCAAAAAUCAUUAUAAUAAGCCCACCAAGAGAAUGUCAUCAAAUGACGGAUAUAAUCGCAAUGAGGAGCAAACUAAUGGAAAAGGAAAUACUGAUUCAAUAUUUGCCUCAGCCGAUGAUGUACCAUCCCACAGAAUGCCUUCCACAUCAAUGCAGCCACAGCCAGCACACAUGAUAGCAAAUGAGGCCACCCAUUUGAAGGGUGAUUCGAAGCAGGCUUAUUUCAGCGAUGAGAAAGUUCUAAUUCCACAAACAGAAAAGCUUGGCUUUAGUUGGCGCAAACUUUGGGCGUUCACCGGUCCAGGGUUCCUGAUGUCAAUCGCUUACCUCGAUCCGGGCAACAUUGAAUCUGAUCUCCAAAGUGGUGCCGCAGCUAAAUACCAAAUUCUAUGGGUUCUAUUGUGGGCGACCGUGUUGGGUUUGCUGAUGCAACGCUUGGCUGCAAGAUUGGGUGUUGUAACUGGUCUUCAUUUGGCCGAGAUGUGUUUUCGGCAAUACAAAAAGAUACCACGUUUUAUUUUAUGGAUUAUGAUUGAAAUAGCGAUUAUCGGCUCGGAUAUGCAAGAAGUCAUAGGCACCGCAAUAGCCAUUUAUCUAUUGUCAAAUAAAGUAAUACCAUUGUGGGGCGGGACGCUGAUAACCAUUAUCGACACAUUCACGUUUUUGUUCUUAGACAAAUAUGGUCUACGUAAGCUAGAGUUUUUAUUUGGGCUUCUUAUCACCAUAAUGGCUGUGACAUUCGGUUACGAGUAUAUUGUAUCGGCUCCUAAUCAAGGCGAGGUGCUGGAGGGUAUGUUCGUACCAUGGUGCAAGGAUUGCGGUUCACAAGUUUUGCUGCAGGCAGUAGGCAUUGUGGGUGCAGUUAUCAUGCCACACAAUUUAUACUUGCAUUCGGCCUUGGUUAAGUCCCGUGAUAUUGAUCGUCGCCAACCAUCUAAAGUUCGUGAGGCAAAUUUUUAUUUCUUUGUUGAAGCUGCUGUUGCCCUGUUUGUGUCCUUCAUUAUCAAUUUGUUUGUGGUGGCUGUAUUUGCCCAUGGCAUGUUUGGUAAAACUAAUGCCGAUGUGUUGCAAUCUUGCGAAAAUCAAACUAUGUUCGAAGAUGCCAAAAUUUCCUUUGGCAACAAUACCGAAAUUAUUGAUGCUGAUCUUUAUAAAGCUGGCCUCUUUCUGGGAUGCACAUUCGGUGCUGCAGCCAUGUACAUUUGGGGUGUUGGCAUCUUGGCUGCUGGUCAAAGUUCCACAAUGACCGGUACCUAUGCUGGUCAAUUCUCCAUGGAAGGUUUCCUCAAUCUGCAAUGGCCCCGCUGGCGUCGGGUCUUGUUCACCCGUCUAAUUGCCAUUAUACCCACAUUCUUUUUGGCCUUCUACAGCCGCAUGGAAGAUUUGACCCAUCUUAAUGAUAUUCUAAAUGCUGUGAUGUCAUUGCAAUUGCCCUUUGCCGCCAUUCCGACCAUUGCUUUUACAUCGUGUUCAGCGAUAAUGGGUGAAUUUGUUAAUGGAGUUGGCAAUAAAAUUGUUUCGAUUUUAUUAACAAUACUUGUUAUUGCUGUUAAUUUAUAUUUUGUUAUUACUCAAGUAGAAGCCUUAAGUAUUGAAGGAGGAGUUUUAGCUGUAGUUUGUAUAUUUUCCAUUUUAUAUUUAUUAUUUAACUUAUACCUUGUGAUACAUAUGAUAGCGUGUAUGGGCAAUAAACGCUUCAUAAACAGCCGGUGGGUCCAAAAGUGGGUACUUCCAAGUCAAAAUAGUUUUUCGAUAAAGAAUGCCAAUUCCACAUAUGCUAGUAUCUCAUAUAACCUGCAAAGCUUUGAAAACUGACAAGGUGCUGAGGCUGCAUUCAAAACGAUCGGGUCUGCCUUCACUGAACUGCACCGCUACACCAUAGAAAUUGAAAUUUUGAAAAAUUCACACACACACAUGUCCUUUUUGUUUUGUGUUCGAGUUUAAAUUAGUUUCGUUAAUAAUUCCACAUGGAACUAAAGUGAUUUUUCUAUAUAUUUUCCCUUUUACCAUUAAUUAUCAUCAACAUCGACCACAUCAUUGAUUGAUCUGCCUGACCAAAUGGCGGUUUUCGUUGUCUUUAAACCAAAAAUAUAACAUCAAAUGCUCUCAUUCCACGCGACCACGCUAAUAACAUCAAAAAAAAAAAAAAACAAACCAAAAAACCCAUAAUUAUACUGCAAUCACUUCUCGAUCGAUGGGCCAAAUAAACCACCAAUUCAAUGAACUUAAAUCGUAUACCAUAUUUCGCAUAUAACAAACCAAAAUGAUUGAAUGGCUUGUGCGAAUUUUGAAAAUUUUAAAACGCAAAUGUGUGUAAUUGAAAAAAAAAACAACAAACAAAAAUCGGUGGCACACUUCAUCUUGGCUUUCAUCUGGGGGCAAAAUUUAAAUUGAUGGGCCAUAUGGUGUUGUGUUGUUGCAUGCAUUUAAAUUUUUGGCACAAUAACCAUAAAAUAAUGGCUCCUCUGCCUGGCCUUAAAAAUUGGAUAUUCUGGAAAAUUAAACAACAACUACGACAAUGCCCACUAUU